AUGGGAAACCAAGAGGACUCAACUUCGAAAAGCGAUUCAGGGUAUGGCGACGACGCCGCCUCCCUAUCGGCGCAGGACGCCAACCAGAACCAGAACCACCCUCUAACGCGAAGGGGUUAUGAUGUAGCCACCGCGGCAACUCUGCAAGUCGGCGAUGUCUUCGAGUUUCUAUGGGCAGAUGCCCACGAGUACCAGUGGGAGUGGAAGUGCCUGGGCUAUGUGCGCUUCAUUGUCCUGAGGCACACCGACACUUUCCCACAUUAUGCCGCGUGCAUUCCCAUCUCGGUUGGCGGCAAAGGCAUGAAUGACUUCACAAAGCCAGGAAUCGACCAUCUCCAGCAGGGCUUCGUUUUCGCGGAUGGCGAGAGGAACCCCGGUGUGCGCCAACCACGUGGCGGAACUCCCUUGCCUUACUCGCCCAUUGGCAUUGAGCUCAAGCCUGGCAAGCUCCGCGUCAGCCACGACUCCCGCGCCAACUACGCAGACAUCGUCGAGGUGGAUCACGAUGCAGAGAUUAUGGUUGUCGGCACCGUCACACGUUACUUUGACCGCCUCCGCCGCAACGUCAACAGGGCUGUCAUGAGGCAAAUCUUGAGGAGGUCCUUGGAGGAGUACUGUGAGCGUAAAGCUCGUGGAAGCACUCUUGAUCUGAGGAGCAAGACCAUCGAGGCAAAUCCUGCACGGUUCGUCAGCCCGGAAGGCAUCGUCGAGGAGCGGUCCGAAGACGAGCUGCCCUACGAGGAGCCGUUGAGUCAGGAUGAUGCGGCCGCAGCCACUACCGACCACAAGAAAACCAAAAGACACGACGAGGCCAUAGCGGGCUUGGAGGAACAGCGCGAGAGGCCUGACUCUGAGGCAAAUGAUGUGUUGGAAGACAGUGACGAGUUCGACGGGCGGCAGAAGCAGCAUGACCACCAGUAUCGUCACGGUCAUACGAGACGAGUCUCCCGGACGUCACGCUCAUCUCGCCAUUCGCGUGAGGUGUUGCCACUCGAGGAAGAGCCAGAGAAGUCUGGCGUCAGCCGCCCAAACUGGUUUCGCCGCCUUUCUCAACGCCUGAGCAAGGAUGAAGAGAAAGACAGAGAGUACCAUCAGGAGUGGACCAAUUAUGUCACCCGUCCUUCUCACCGCCGUAGCACUUCUCUCGAGACACAGACCGGCCUCGGGAUAUCUUCGAGCAGACAAUCUAGCCCUCGUCGUCGGCCGAGACGCCGCCCCACCGACGAGGCUGAAGAGUCUCGCAUCAGCAGCGAUCCUCGUUCAAUGAUCGACUUGGCCGUUGCUGGCCGGAGAAGGCCGAACUCGUCUGGAGAGUAA